GCGUAGUCGCUGCAUCGAUUCGCUAGGGUGGACUUGUUGGACACUUGAGGGUAGAGAGAGAGACAGAGGAGCUGUGCUUUUGCUUCUUAUGAUUAUCUCUCUCUACUUCUCGGUCGUCUUCGCCGUUUGUUUACCUCUCUAGGGUUCUACUUUACCUGCUUCUACAACAAACUUUAGGGUUUCGUUCGAGAUUUACGCUUCUCUAGGCUCUUCUGCGGUUUGAUCUUCGGUUGCCCAGGAUUUCGAGUCGGUUAAAAAUAGUCUCUCGUCUUUCCUUUUUUCUUACAAUUUGGCGAGAUGACUGUGAGGAAUGGUGGUUUCCCUGGAGACUACUAUCCCUGUGGGUAUGAUGAAGGCUCUCGUAGCCCUAAUGCUUCCGAUGGUUUAGAUUGUCUACAAAAAAAGUUUACUUGUCCCGAAGAUGAAACCUUUGGUGUCCCCAGAAUGGUUUUACCAUUGUCUGCCUUGUCAUCAUCGGAAAGGAAAACUUUGAUCCAAAGGCUCCGUCAGGAGCUUCAUCAGAUACGGUCUUUUCAGAACGAUAUCGAGCUGAGUCUCACUGGUACACCUGCGUCUAAUGUGCCUCGAGCCAAGAAUUUUGGAAUUUCACGAUGCUCUACUGGGCCUGGGAAAAAAGUUCUUCCCUUGAGCGCUGCUAAACCAGCUCCAGUCUCCACUUCUACAAUGCUCCGGAUGAAGCAAUGUGAGACCCUCCUCAAACGGUUGAUGUCGCAUCAGUUUUGUUGGCUCUUUAAAACUCCCGUUGAUGUGGUCAAGAUGAACAUACCUGAUUAUUUCACCAUUAUCAAGCAUCCAAUGGAUUUAGGAACUGUUAAGAGCAAGUUAACCUCCGGCACAUACUCAAGCCCAUCAGAGUUUUGUGCUGAUGUCCGUCUUACUUUCUCCAAUGCAAUGACUUAUAACCCGCCAGGCAAUGACGUUUAUAUGAUGGCUGAUACUCUCAGCAAGUUUUUUGAAGUGAGGUGGAAAACUAUUGAGAAGAAGUCAUCCAGAACCAAAUCUGAACCAAGUAACUUGGGUACUCUUGCUGGCAAAGAGUUUGCAGUGCCUGAGCCUUUGCCUAAGAAGAGAAAGAUGAAUGCAGUGAACCAUGACAGCUUCGUCGAGCCUGCUAAACAGGUUAUGGCAGAUGAAGAUAAAGUAAAACUUGGCAGAGAUUUGGGCUCCCUGACAGAAUUCCCUGUACAUAUAUUUAAUUUCCUUAGAGAUCACAGCUCCAAGGAAGGGGGAUGUGGAGACGAUGAGAUUGAAAUUGACAUUAAUGAUCUCAGUCAUGAUGCCUUGUUCCAGUUGCGGGAUCUUUUGGAUGAGUUUUUGCGUGAAAAUCAGAAUAAAGAUGCAAACGGUGAACCUUGUGAGUUAGAGCUUUUGCAUGGGUCAGGGCCAGGGAGUUCAUUGAUGCAGCACUGUGAUGGGAGUGAAAUGGAGGACGAGGAUAUUGACGUUGGUAAUAAUGAGCACCCUAUAUCUUGCAUCUCUCCUGAAAGGACAGAGACGGAUAUGGCAGUGGGGAACUCCAACGGCUCUAGGUGCUUGGAGAGUGUGCCAGAUGAUCCUACAACCACAAGAUUAUUGACACCAAAGGGGCCUGAAAGCAUGGAUUCGGAAUCUCCCUUGGAUGGAGCGACAAGGAGGAAACCAGCUUCCAUCAGUGGACUGGAUCAGCUGGAAGAUGCAUCGAGAGAUGAGAAGCUAAGUUUUGUUGAGGGGGCAGAUUGUCGUCAAGAUGGAAACAGCGGUCAGAAUGAGAAGCAACUACCUCCAGAAAAGCGUUACAGGGCUGCUCUAUUGAAAAACCGAUUUGCGGAUAUAAUCUUGAAGGCUCGAGAGAAAACUCAGAAUAAGACUGAGAAGCGAGACCCAGAGAAAUUGCGACGUGAGAGGGAAGAAUUCGAAUGGCAAAAGAAGAAAGAAAAAGCACGGUUACAAGCAGAAGCCAAGGAAGCCGAAGAAGCUAAAAGAAAAGCUGAGGCAGAAGCUGCCGCUGAAGCUGCGAGUGAGGCAAAGAGGAAACUGGAACUUGAAAGAGAAGCAGCGCGACAGGCAUUGGUUGAGAUGGAGAAGUCGGUUGAAAUAAACGAGGACUCAAGGUUUAUCAAGGAUUUGGAACUGCUGGAAACAAGGGUAUACACGGAGGAGCAUUUGAGAAAUAUAACAAGAGGAGAGGAGGAUGCUGAUGGGUUGGGUGUUUUUGGGUUUGGAGGCAGCAAUCCUCUGGAGCAGCUGGGGCUAUUUAUGAAACACGAUGAUGAGGAUGAAGAUGAAGCAGCUGAGCAUCAGCUUGAGUUUCCUGGCAAUGAAGAAGUGGAAGAGGGUGAAAUCGAUUGAGUGUACAAAAAGUGGAAUCAGAUUCCCCGUUGGAGAGUUUGUUUUUGUAAAAUAAUAAAAUAUACAAACUAUGAUUUUCUACUAUACUACUACAUACUGUAGUUAGUUGGAUUUUUAGCCAUUUUAGCCUGAUCUAGCCUUUUGUUUCAUAUAUUUUAUUAGGAUUUCUACAGUCUCCUAAUAUACUCAAAUUUACGAA